AUGGGGGUCCCGGAAAAACGACGUAAUAUCUACACCUACCUUUCCACAUUCAAAGCUUCCGCGAUUCUCUUACAAGAGCAUUUCAUCAGACCACAAUUCUGGCAGCUCAUCAAGGACGAGUACGAGGGCAAGCUCUUCAUCAACCAGCACUGCCUGACCCUGAUCCCGGCCGACUCGCCCCUGAUCGACGCCGAGCUCUUGCGCACCCACUCGGCACUCGACGGCCGGCUCCUCGUCACCUCCUUUCGUCUGCGGGGCGACAUCAAAAUUCUAGAAAUCAAUAACCUCUACGCGCCCGUUGACCCAAAACAACGAGCAAAAUUCUUCGACAAACUGAUCCUCCACAAAACACAGAAAUCCCACCUCCGACUCCUUGGCGGCGAUCUCAACGACUGCCCGCGCCCAGAAGUCGAUCGGCGGAACCAAAGUCGGCGCGGCCACCACUGGCCGAUUCUGAUGGGCAAGCUCGACUCGGCCUACACGGACUGCAUCCGCUACAAGCACCCCAUCACCCCAUCUUUCACUCGACCUAAUCCCAAUCGCAAGCGACCCAACUCCUUCUCCCGGCUUGACUACUUUCUCCUACAAAGAGCUCACCAAAAAAGGCUCGACCAGGCCUCGACGAUCUACGACUAUCCCAAGGAUCUUUCCGAUCACCGACCGGUCUUGAUCGUACUAGCUCUCUCAGACGAUCUUGAUGCGGCUCUCCCACAGCUCAGCCUACCUACCACAUCCGACCAACUACAUCGAAUCAAUACCACAACCUUCAAGACGGUGGAAUUUCAGCGGAUGAUGGAAGGAUGGUUGGAAGGGGCAAGCGGGGAGGAUCCGGUGCGAGAGCUUGAGGAGGUUCUGGAGGCGUGCAGGGACAGGGGUGGGGAGAUGGCGAGGAGGCUGCAUCGGGAGCGGACGGAACGGAUGGAGUAUUUGGUGGGGAGGGUGCAGGAUCUGGAGGCGUUACCGGUAUGGGGGGAGGCGGAAACGGCAGAAUGGACAAGGACGUCCGAGGAACUCAAGCGGGCGGUCGAGGAGCGCGCGCGCCUACUCCGGAUCCGAGCCCACGUCCCCGAGAUCGCUUCCGAGGAACGACUGUCGCGGCCGGUCCACGCCAAGCUCGCGGCGCGGAACUCGGACUCCAAGAUCACAGCACUGCGCUUGGGCAACGGAGAGCUAACGCAUGACAUUGAUGUCGCUCUUGACCACACGCAGGCGCAUUUCCAGCGCCUCUACCACAUCGAGCCUCGUGAUCCGGAACGCGUCGACCGACUUCGGGACGAACUCCUCGUGCCGAUCAGGGCGGCACGGACUUGCGACGACCCGCGCUCAGAUCCGCUCUUUCUGCGCCGACUCUCGGAAGCGCAGAUUGAUCUCCUCCAGCAACCCAUCACCGAGGACGAGGUCGUGGCCGCGAUCGGGACGACGCACCCGGGGAGAUCGCCGGGCCCGUCGGGCGUGCCUUACGAACUCUAUCAGACCGCACCGGAGGCGUGGUCCAAGGUGCUGACCAAGGCCUACAACGCGAUGAUCGAGCGCGGUUCACUCUCUCCCAAGCAGGGCCAGGGACUCGUGCGCCUCAUCUUCAAGCGCCACAAGAAGAAUGCCGAUCGCGCCGAACUCUCGUCGUAUCGCCCCAUCACCCUGCGCGAGUGCGAUUACAAGAUUUUUACCAAGGUCUACGUCGCCCGAUUGAACCAAAUUCUGCCCGAUCUCCUCCCGCCGCAGCAGCACGGCUUCGUCAAGGACCGCCGAUCGGCCGACGCUGCACUACACCUUCGUCUCCUGAUCGAGGAACUUGGCGCGCGCAGGACCGAGUUCCCCGCGGCCGCGCUCUUGUCUCUUGACCAAUCAUCCGCCUACGACCUCGUCGAGCAUGACUGGAUCUUUGCCAUCUUCGACGCUCUGGGCGCUCCUACCACCUUUCUUCGCGUGCUGAGGAUGCUCUACUCGGGUGACUCGACCUCGGCGCGCUACAUCAUCAAUGGGUUCCUGACGGCGCCGGUGCGACUGACGUGUGGGCUCGGCCAAGGGGACCCGGCGUCAUCGUCGGUCUGGGACAUCGUGUUUCAGCCGUUCCUGGAUGCUCUACACCGUCGAAACAUCGCGCUGAAUCUCUCCAUACCUGCACUUCAUCCGUACCCACAGAGCCGCGCCAUUACAUCACUUGCAUUUGCCGAUGACGUUGUCGUCGCCGUCGCGGGCUUGGAGUCACUCAACUUGCUCGAUGACCUGGCGCUCGACUGGAGGCAUGCAACGAAUGGCCGGCUCAACACGGACAAGACGGUCGUCCUACCGAUUGGACGUCGCUGGGACCCUGGGGAACGGCCAAUCGUCGUCAAGGCCGCAGGCGAGUCGCUCGAGUGGAUCGGCCUCCCCUUCGACCCCAGCGGCGACACCGAACUCGCCUACGCGAAUCUCAUCGAACGGCUCGAGGCGACGCUGGAAGCGGUUCAGCAUCGCUGGCUCACGCACCACACCCGUGCCUUUUACGUCAAUCGGUACGCCAUUCCCAAGAUCCUGCAUUUCCUUGCAGCCGACAUCCCGCCGCCCGAAGUCGUCAAGAAGCUCGAUGACAUGCUCGUCGAUUUCGUCCGUGGGGGCAAGGGCAGGACCAGCUACGGCAGAGACAUUGUGUUCACCGCCAAGAACAAGGGGGGACUCGGGGUGAUAAGGAUGCGGGACGUUGUGGACGCGGUUGCGGCACGGCUCUGGGACGUUCUUCUCGGCGGUUCCGGCGCGAUUUGGCAAGGACUUGCGCGCGCAUCACUCCAGCGAGCUCAGCCCGACCUCGACCUGGCCACCGAUCUCUGGCCACAUCCAUCCACUCCCAUCCCCAACGACCUUCAUCCCCGAUGGCACGCCGCACUGGGCGUUCCGAAACUUCACGACGCGCAGGUCAACCCGAGGGCCUUGACCACCGCGAACUUGCUCGCGCUGCCCACCCUGCUCGGCAGCCUCCACACCCCCAUCAGAGGGAGACAGACCAUCGACGCGGUUCAUGUACCUGACUACCUUCGUCUCCAGGGCUACCCGAAGGUGGCGGAUCUCUAUCGACGCGAGUUGUAUGCGGGUGGGGGGUUUCACCUCUGGACGCCGCCGGCGGAUGUGCUCGGCGACAACAGCGAGUACGAUCGACGCGGGCUCCCGCAGCGACUGGCAAUCGCGGCCUGGUACCGGUUCACUGUCGAUCGACACAAGAACACCCCCUUGGCGGCGGCGGUGGCGGCGGGACGACUCAACGUGCCUCCCCGGAUCGGCACCAGCGCACCACUCGAGGCGAUCAUCCCCAAGCCCGUGGCCCGCUUCGCAAUGGAGCAGCGCCUUCCGGACCCGGUGCUUCCACAACAGGCGAGCCAGUAUACGCUGCUGAACAUGGCUCGCCCCUACACAGUCCGUCGCAUCCGCCGGGUCCUGAACGCGAAGGCAUUUACCAACAUGCUCGGGCUCAAGGGACCACCGCAGCCGGACGACCUCAGGAGCUUCUGGAAGGCAGUCAACUCGAAGGCACUGACGGCGAGGGAGAGGGAAGUUUGGUUCAAGCUGAUCCUCCGCUUCACCCCGACGCGCAAACUCCAGCACGAGCAAAAGCACGACACUUCUCCCGCGUGCCUCGUGUGCGAAGCGCCGGUGGACGACACCGAUCACUACUUCUUCGGCUGCGUCGACUCGCGGAACAUCUGGACCGCGGCAAGGGGCGUGCUCUGCGACGCGCUCGGAUGCGACACGAUCGAGGACGCCGAGUACACGACACUACAACGACUCUUUGGCCUCCCCAAGCUCAAGGCCAAGCUCAGCGAACAGGAAGGCGCAGGCAGGACGAUCGAGAUCUUCACGGGGAUGGUCUUGGAGAUGAUCAGCAGUGGGAGAUGGAGGAUGCAGAAGCACGGGACGAGGAUGGAAAGCCUGGAGCGGAGGAGGGUGGUACUGGAGGAGAGGAUGAAGUUGAGGGCGGGGGGAGCAAGGGGCGGGCGAGGGCAGUAG